AUGAGGAGGUCCUUCCAACACCCCCUCACCCUUCUCCUCCAAACCAUCACCAUCUUCUGCCUCUUCCCAUCUGCCCUCGCCUCAUCCAAGACCCUUUUAAUCCCCUCCACAUCCUUCAACUCCACCACUACCUUCAACACCUACUGGUCCCUCAACUACCCCUGGGGCACCGACCACAAUGGCGCCGCGCGCAUGUCCCCUUCCCAAGUCUCCAUAUCCCCCUCUGCUGACGGCACCUCAAGCACCCUCACUCUAACCGCCCACCGCGUCACCGGCCAAAAACCCGCUACCCACGGCGGCAAACAGAUCCCCAUCAAGUACCUAUCCGGCGCCAUCCACGCCAAGCAGCACUUCACCAUCACUUCUUCUUCCUCUUCUGGUGCUGGUGCAGUGUCAGGCUACGAUUUCUCAGCCGAGUUCCGCGCCCCCGUUGCGAAGGGGACCUGGCCUGCGUUUUGGUUGACGGCCGUCAAUGGGUGGCCGCCCGAGAUUGAUAUGGCGGAGUGGAAGGGGAGCGGCAAGAUCAGCUUUAACACGUUCAAUACUAGCAGUCAGGUCAUGGCUCGGGAUGUGGUUUAUGGCCCGAAUGGGAGUGAGAAGGAGUGGCAUAGGGUUGUGUGUGAGAUUAGGAGGGAUGGAAGGAAUGGUGGAAAGGAUGUGGAGGUGAGGUUUUGGAUGGAUGGGCAGCUGGUGGUAACGCAGUGGGGGAAGGGGAUUAUCAAUCUCCAGAUGGAAGGGUCGUCGGGUUCGCCUGGUCCUGAAGCGGACACUUUGUAUCAAGUCCGAAAUCUUGAGGUCUGGAGCUAUGGUGACUGA